AUGCAAUCCAAUCUUAUUCGCGCCGCUCUGUCCACGACACUCGAGAAGGAAAGCGAGACUCUGGUCCAAAUGGAGUCCUUCAAGAGAGUAAAGCUCGGCCCGAAUGAGUUUGCGUAUUCCCAGCCCGCAUUCUUCGGCGUUCCGUCUCUCCAUUGCAACAACCUCUCGAAGCCGAUUCCCUCUUCCGGCGACGCGAAAGCUCCAGCUUCUGCGAUUUUCGCAGACGCGAUGGCGCCACAAGCUCGUAGUUUUUCGCACGAUGUUCAACGGCCCGUCGCCGGCGACGGCUGCGACUCAACGAUGGCGCGUCGCACGUGCCACUUCGAUCGCGUGCCCGAUGAGCUGGUCGCGGAAAUCGCGCGCUGCGUCUUCGCUAAAGCGCAGUCGGCGGCGGACGUUGCGGGGAUGCUCGUGACGUGCAGGCGGUUCAGCAGCGUUUGCCACCCCGCCGCCAGCUGGUCGCUACGCGCCUCCGCCGCCAUCGAAAUGCUUCUGCCGGCAGACGCGGCGCGAUGGACUGCGUCGGCGCAGCGGCUUCUCCUCAGCGCCGCGGCGGAGGGCAACCUCGAGGCGAUUUACGUCGUGGGCAUGAUUUCCUUCUACUGCCUCAACAACCACUGGGCCGGCGCAAAGCUCCUCGCGCAAGCGGCGGAAGCGGGGCACGGCGCGGCGAUGUACUCGCUUGCGAUAAUCAACUUCCACGGCAGCGGCGGCGCGGCGGACGACGCCAAUCCCGAGGUCGGCGUGGAGCUGAGCUGGCGCGCCGCGCGGCUCGGGUUCCUCCCCGCGUUACAGGAACUCGGGCAUUGCUUCUUAGACGGGUACGGCGUCGCGCAAAGGACGUCCUUAGGGCAGCUGCUGCUGCAGCACGCUGCGGCGGGGAUGGCGGAAGCGGACCGGCGGAGAAGCGCGAAGGCCACGGCGCGCUCUGCUCCCGUUUCCCCCGCGUGUGCGAAAGCAGGAGCUGCGGGAAGCGGCCAGGCGCAGGCCCCGCAAGGGGAAAAGCGGAAGUCGCAGCAGCAGCAAUCGCAGCAACGGGAGCUCCGCCGCAUUCCGCGCUCGCGCAGCUGGCCGCUGUGCCUCGUUUCUACCCCCGGCUGCGCAGUCUCCGCCUCCGCCCGCGCGCGCGCGUGCGCGAGAGGUGACUGUAACGAAGCGUGCGGCAGUGCGAUGCUGCGAUGCGCUGACGCUGGAGGCGCGAGGCUUAGGGGAGAUGUGACUGUAGAGGGCAGAGGGGACGGUGACGCUAGAGGCGCGAUGGAAAGAAAGGACGAGGGGGAGAUCAACGGUCGCGAUGAAGCGCAAGGGGAGGAGCGGCAGAGGCUCAGAGAGGCGGAAGGCGCACAAGCGCCGUCUGAACGGGGAGCUGAUCGAACCGUGGUAUUCUCACUCUUGAUCAAAUCACGAUUCCACGCCAUGGAGGCCCUCGUUUCGCGGCAACUUCGCGCCUCAUUGCCGGCCUGGCAACGAGAUUCGCUCCCGCCUUCCCGCGGACUCAAGCCGUCAAAUGUGGCGCGAUUCGCGACGCAGCGGUGCGAGAUCUCCGCGCGAUCGACGGAAAGGCCGCGUUCUCGGGAUUUGUCGGUGCGCGCGGAAGCAGCAGCUGAUUCGAGCGCGCCGACUGUUGCUCAGGCUCCUUCGGACCGAGUCACUCUGGAGCAGGGAAAUGACAGCCUUGACAUUUGCCGCGUGGUGAACGGCAUGUGGCAGAGCAGCAGCGGCGCGUGGGGACAGGCGGCGCCAGAUGCGGUGGUGGCUGCGAUGCUGCAGCAUGCUGACGCUGGGCUCACCACGUUCGACAUGGCUGACAUCUACGGCCCUGCAGAGAGCUAUUAUGGAGCGAUGAUUGACAGGCUUAGGAGGGAGCGAGGGGAGGAGGCUGCAUUUGGCGUGCAGGGUCUCACCAAGUUUGUGCCCCGCCCUGACCGCAUGACCCGUGAUGUGGUGGAGGUGGCGAUUAAUCGCUCCCGCACGCGCAUGCAAGUGAAGACCAUCGACCUGCUGCAGUUCCACUGGUGGGACUACAGCAACCCCGGGUACCUAGACGCGUUGAAGCACCUCACAGACCUCAAGGAGGAGGGGAAGAUCAAGGCAAUCGGGCUGACCAACUUUGACACCACGCGGCUGCAAGCGAUCCUUGAGAACGGCAUCCCUAUCGUCAGCAACCAGGUGCAGCACAGCUUAGUGGACAUGCGCCCGCAGCAGCAGAUGGCUCAGCUCUGUGCUCUUACAGGGGUGCAGCUUAUAACAUACGGCACUGUGAUGGGGGGACUUCUAUCAGAGAAGUAUCUGCAUGCAAAGGAGCCUAACAGCAUGUUUGGACCUCGUCUUGCCACACCAUCUUUGAACAAGUACAAGCAGAUGGUGGAUGCAUGGGGCGGCUGGGCGCUCUUCCAGGAGCUGCUGAGGGAGUGUGAGACGGUGGCGAAAAAACACGGGGUUACCAUUGCUGCAGUGGCCGUGCGCUCCAUUCUCGACCAGCCGGCAGUUGCAGCAUCAAUGGUGGGUGUGCGGCUGGGCCUACAGCAGCACAUCGCGGACAACAAGAAGAUCUUUGACUUGCAAUUGGACGAUGAGGAUCGCGCAAGGAUCGCCAGUGUUACCAGCAGAGGCCGGGACCUCGUUGCUGUGAUUGGGGACUGCGGUGACGAGUACAGUUCAAUUUCCCGUCGAGAACUUCUCGACAUUGACUACAAGAGCUUCUUUACGUGCUUAGCCCCCCUAUACGACUCGCACAUCCCCCUCUCUCCACUCCAACGCGCAGCGGUGGCCAUAGGGGCGUCAGUGGGAGCGCUGGCCAACCCUGCCCGGGCGGAUCUGGUGGCGGCUGUGGGGGAGACGACUGGGGUGGUGGCGCUGGGGCGAAUCAGAGAGCAGAUGAGGGCCACUGAGGAGGGGAGGGCAGUGUUAAAGGAACGGCCGCGUGUGACAGACGCCACACUGGAAGCAGCAGAGCAGUGUGGCAGAGGAACGUUCGGAGCAGCCUACGCUCACUUCAUGCGCUCUCGCUGCUUUGAGCCCCACGAACGACCGCCUGUGCGCUUCAUUGACGACCCAGAGCUGGCGUAUGUGGCCACACGGCUAAGGGAAGUGCACGACUUUUGGCACACUCUAUUUUCUCUACCCACCACCGUAUCGGGCGAGCUAGCCCUCAAGCUCAUCGAGUUCACCCAAACAGGCCUCCCCAUGUGCCUCCUCGCGUCCCUAGGCGCGCCCAUCCGCCUAUCCCCCGGCCGCCGCUCCCUCCUCCUCUCCUCCAUCUACCCCUGGGCUUUGGGCGCUGGUAUCAGAGCGGUGCCACAAGCGGGGAUUUACUACGAGAGAAGGUUUGGGGAGGACCUGAGUGAUUUGAGGCUGGAGUGGAGAAUCGCCGCUGCCCCACUGCGGUUCUUUGAGAGAAAAGGGCCUGCCACUGGUGAACCUGCUUCUGGUGCUGCUGCUGGUGCUUCUGGUGGUACGAUAAGUGGAAGCUAG